GUCAACAUUACAUGUAUGAUUGUAAAUAAAAUUGUUUUCUAUUACCGGCUCUCGUCAAAGAUUUUCUACAUUAAGAGCCGGAGAUACUCAAAUAUUGAUCACCCUGUAUCUUUACACAGUGGUGGAAUUGUUUUCGAUUACCAGCUUUCGUGGAAGAUUCCUAAAUAUUGAUCCCUCUGUGACAAUUCGUUAGAGCAUCUCCGGCAGUUUCAGUUUCAACUUUUGUCAGAUCAGGAAACUUCACAGUGGUGUAAAAUAUCCAUUUUUAAUUAUUUUUAUCAAUAUAAACAAUACGAAAUUGCAAUAAAUAAAUUAACAAAUAAAUAAUAAACACAAUUUUCUAUAGGAUAUUAUAAUUACAGAUUCCUGUAAUAUUUAACAUAUUUACAAGUAGUGAUUAAUAGAUGACGCCACUAAAUUUUCCAUUUAAAAACCACAUUGCGCCAUACAUAACCUCACUUUUUUGUUUUGAAAACUUUUUCAAAUAUUCAAAAGUUUGAAAAUGGAACAUCCAACAUUGAAAAACAUCACUAAUCCAAACUUUGGAAAACCCUCGGACACCCAAAACGAAUAUUUGAAAAAAUUAGGUGAGCCCCACAUAGCGGGCUUCAACUACAUGAUAGACCAAGGCCUAGACAAAGCAAUUUCGAACCUCAACCCGGUCGAAUUCAAAGUAAACGACCAGCAAAUUAAAUUGGUUAUAACCAGGUUUUCUUUGGCUCAACCCCAAGUGCCUUACGGCACUGUCGGUGUAAGAAACAACUUGAUUUAUCCUACGGAAUGUCGCCAAAGGAAUGCCACUUAUAGUGGCAAAUUCCUCAUAGACGUCGAAUGGUAUAUUGAUGGGCAAUUGCAGCAACCUUUUACCAAAGAUUUGGGAAAUAUUCCUGUAAUGGUUAAAUCUAAUAGGUGCAAUUUGGAUAAGUUAAGUCCUAAAAAAUUGGUUGAUUAUGGAGAACACGAGCAAGAAUCUGGGGGGUAUUUUGUUGUUAGUGGCCUGGAAAAACUUGUCAGAAUGCUAUUAAUGACCAGAAGAAAUUAUCCAAUUACUAUUAAAAGAAGUGGUUGGAAAAUGAGGGGUUCUUUGUUUUCUGAUGUAGGGGUUUCGAUUAGGUGUGUUACAGAUGACCAAACAGCUACUACAAAUGUGCUCCAUUUUGUGACUGAUGGUUCGGCGAAAUUUAUGUUUAGCUAUCAAAAAAUGCUUUACUAUGCCCCCUUGUGUCUACUUCUAAAAUGCUUAUGCGACUAUAGUGAUCAGUAUAUCUAUCAGAAGCUUAUUGAAGGUUGCGAAGAUGAUCUUUAUUAUAUUGAUUGUUGCCAAAACAUGCUACGUUCAAUCCACUUGGAAAACCUCCACACCCACAACGAUUGCAAAUCGUAUCUGGGUAAAAUGUUCAGAGUCAAGCUUUACGAGUGCCCCGAAUGGUACUCGGACACAGAAAUAGCCGACUUCAUCCUAAAAAAGUGCAUUUUAAUUCACCUAAAAACCAACCAAGACAAAUUCAACUUGCUAAUGUUCAUGACCAAAAAGCUGUUCAGCUUUGCUCAAGACAAGUGCAAAAUUGAAGGAGCUGAUGCUGUUAUGAUGCAAGAAGUUCUACAAGGUGGUCAUUUAUACUUGCAAAUUGUCAAAGAAAAGUUGCAAAAUUGGCUUAAUGGUUUACGUCUGAGCAUUUUGCAACUGGCCAGAAGCAAUAAGUUUAGUUUUAAUCAGGCUGACAUGCUCAAAGCUGCCAAAAUGUCUGGAGGAAUCGAAAACAGUCUUAGAUUGUUUUUGGCUACUGGAAAUAUUCAAAGUAAUACUGGGCUAGGAUUGAUGCAGGAUAAAGGAUUGUGUAUUAUUGCUGAGAAUAUUAAUAGGAUGAGAUAUAUGUCACAUUUUAGAGCAGUGCAUCGUGGUGCCUUUUUCCAAGAAAUGCGUACAACCGAAGCGCGUCAAUUACUCCCGGACGCCUGGGGCUUCAUUUGUCCAGUCCACACUCCAGAUGGUUCCCCUUGUGGACUUCUAAAUCACUUGACAAUGGAUUGUAUAAUAACUGAUGUCCCUGACCAAGUUAAAGUAGACAACAUCGAAACCGUCCUAGAUGAAAUGGGCAUGGUUUCCCUUAACUAUAUUGGCAAGAUUUAUUUGAAAAAUAGCUACGCUGUACAAUUGGAUGGGAAAAUGAUUGGUUAUAUUGCUCAAGAAAAAGCUGCAAGGAUAGUAGACAGGUUGCGGCUGCUAAAAAUCAAAGGCAAAGAGGUACCGAAAACUUUGGAAAUUGUUUUGGUGCCAAUUAAAAAAACCAAGGCCCAAUAUCCAGGUAUUUUUUUGUUUACGGGGCCUGCUAGGAUGAUGAGGCCUUUGAGGAAUUUGUACGCGGAUAAAAUCGAGCUUGUAGGCACUUUCGAGCAAGUUUAUUUGGAUAUUUGCAUUUGUCCAGAAGAAGCUUAUAAAGGUGUUACAACCCACAUGGAACUAUCGAAAACCGCCUUUUUAUCCAACCUUGCCCAACUGAUACCGAUGCCCGAUUGCAACCAAUCGCCCAGAAACAUGUACCAGUGCCAAAUGGGCAAACAAACCAUGGGCACCCCGUGCCACAAUUGGGAUAUGCAGUCAGAAACAAAAUUAUAUCGAUUGCAAACACCUGCUACCCCUUUAUUUAGGCCAGUGCACCAUGACGAAAUCGCUUUAGACGAUUUUGCAAUGGGUACCAACGCAAUUGUAGCCGUUAUCAGUUAUACAGGUUACGAUAUGGAAGACGCAAUGAUUAUCAAUAAGGCCUCAGAAGAAAGGGGUUUGGCUCACGGUUCCAUUUACAAAUCUGAGUUUGUGGAACUUGAGCACGAAGCCUCAUAUUUUGCCAGAGAUCCUAAACAAGCUGCUUUAGCAGAGCAUAUAGAUAACGACGGUAUGCCUCAUAUUGGUCACAAAUUGACUGAAAAUGUGCCUUUGUAUUGUUACUUUGAUGGCGAUAGGUCAGUUUAUCGUACAAUUACUUUUAAGGGCAAGGAAGAUUGUUAUUUGCACAGCAUCAAAAUGUGUGGCGAUUUCAAUUCGAAAGCCAAAAAGACUAUUUGUAUUACUUAUAGAGUGCCUCGUAAUCCAAGCGUUGGGGAUAAGUUUGCCAGUAGGGCUGGCCAAAAAGGUAUUUGCUCACAAAAAUGGCCUUCAGAAGAUUUACCUUUUACCGAAACAGGUCUGGUACCAGAUAUUGUCUUCAACCCUCAUGGAUUCCCAUCGAGAAUGACAAUAGCCAUGAUGAUUGAAAUAAUGGCUGGCAAAUCGGCAGCCGUACAUGGUUUAGUACAUGACGCCACCCCAUUUAAAUUUACCGAAGAUGAUACCGCUAUAGAUUACUUUGGAAGGCUUUUAGAAUCAGGCGGCUACAAUUAUUACGGUACUGAAACCAUGUACUCGGGUACUGAUGGCAGGGAAAUGACUGCCAAGAUUUUCUUUGGGGUGGUGCACUAUCAAAGAUUAAGACAUAUGGUUUCUGAUAAGUGGCAAGUUAGGUCGACAGGGGCAAUGGAUGCCAUCACUAGACAACCGAUAAAAGGGCGUAAAAAGGGAGGCGGAGUACGUUUUGGUGAAAUGGAAAGGGACGCCCUUAUAAGUCACGGAACUUCGUUUUUGUUGCAAGACAGAUUGUUUAAUUGUUCAGAUAAAACUACUGCAAAUGUUUGCACUUCAUGUAAGUCCUUGUUGGGCCCUAUUACGCUUGUAACCAGAAAAGCCGAUAAGCCGCACUUUACUGAAACUAAAGACGUUUGCAAGCUGUGCAAUAGCGGCAAGGAUAUUUCGGAAAUUCAAAUUCCUUAUAUUUUCAAGUUUUUCGUUACGCAAUUGGCUUCUUGUAAUAUCAAUGUUAAAAUUGGUUGUGAGAGUAUGUAAGAACUAUCACUGAAUAAAUUUAGGACCUACUAUCUUGUGUAGAA